AAUUAAUUGGUGUCUGGGAAAUUGACAUAGAUGCUGUUAAUGGUGUUAACAGAAAACUUCAAUUUCUUGAAGUAUGUUCAAGACAUUUUAACUAUGACCAAAAUAAUGUAUAUAGUAAAGGUUUGAAAGACCAACGCUCAACUGAAAAAAGUCAAAUUCAUUGUCGUAUCUGUUUUUUCUGCAACAAAAAUAAGAUUUUCUUUAGUCGUAGAACAAGUUGUAUAGAACAUACAUGGAUUGUGUAUAAUCAGACACUACAAAUACCUUGUUGUAGAAUGGCUCUCUGUCCAGCUAUUGAUCAAAGCUUAUAUACAGAAAAUACAUCUAAUUCGCAGGAAGUUCGUUAUAUAUGCUGUCAGUGUUAUGAAAAGAAUGAUGAAUAUUUGCAUAUACGCAUGGAAAAUUUUGAUUUGGAUUCAUCUUUUGCACCUAGCCAACUACCUAGCUUGUUUGUAGUUACCACAAUUUUUAAAAUUAAAAGACUUAUACAAAAAUCUAAAAAAUAUGAAGAAUUUGAAAAGUUACUUGCCCUUGAAGUUUUGAGAUCACGCACUAGCCUAGCACCUUGUAAAUCAACAUUAGAAUAUCCCAACUCCUUACAGCAGUACUAUGAAAUAAUACCAAAAUGUUUAACAAGCUUUUUUGAUGGAUUAGUUCUUACUUUGCAGCUUAAAAAAUAUGAAAUUGUAAAACAAAAACAAAAAGAAUGCAAAAGUGCCAUAGCUGAAUUCAACAAAAGUGAAACAGAAAAGCUUACUCAGAUCUUUAACCAAUUAAUUAUGGAAUAUCCACUAGGAUUUGCUAUGGAUGAAAUAAAUACAGUGCUCAAAGAAGCAGUGAGAAAAGGAUGCAAUGUUUCUCUUCCAACAGUCGUUAUCUUAGAAGCUGGACCAGUGCCAAACAGUAAUCUUGCAGUACAUAAAACUUGUGAAAUGUAUAUAAAAGGCCUGAAAUUAAAUCAAG